CGGUCUGGGAAAAUGUUUCAAGCAUAUGAAAGAGUUUGGCUGUACCUAACACGGUCAUGUAUUUAAAGCCAACCUGCACGGCCCAGAAAACACCAUUAACAUUCGACUAUGAAAUCGACUUCACUUGCCACUAUUGUCCUAUCUGCAGUAGUGAUGACUAUCGCAUCUGAUUCAGUUGCAACGCCCAUAGGCCAACCCUGCUCCCCCGCUAAUGAGUACUUUGCGGCAUGCUACGCGCAGACUGCGUACUUACGGUUAUCCACAGAUAAACCGUUGUGCGAACCAAACUCGAAUGCUUAUAAUAACGGAUAUGAUUAUGGUAUUCACUGUGGAUCAACAAAUAAAGUUGUAUCAUUUGAGUAUUGUCACUGCAAAGGUUGCUGUGCAAUAGGUGACGGACAGAUGAUAGCCUGCAUCCCUAUGCAGUAGACUUGCUCAUAAUGCAUACGGUCGGGACCGCCAAUGUUGUAUAUCAAGCGCUCGUGGUAGUCCUUCGGUACCGUCUUUCAUUUGCUAGUACCUACAUAUAUCGUUUGUUCCCGCGCC